GGAAGCCAAGGAGGGGUUGCGCGGCAGCCGGGUGGGUAUGGGAGAUGCCUGGCGGUUUCGCGCUUUUUCCGCCUUUUGAUUGCGAGUGGGAGCAGCGCGCUGAGGAGAGCUGCAAGGGGAAUAGCCCGCCAAGGUGAUUCGGUGUGUGGCCAUUGCUGCCCUUCUGCCGCUGGUGGGUCGGCGGCGGUGGCGGGACGUGCAUCCAGGCGCGAUCCAGCGGCAGCAGCAGAGAGAGCUCCACCCUGAUGAUGCAGAGGCCCAGCUUCCAGCUGACUGCAAGUCGCAGAGCAGGCUGCACCCGCGUCUGCGUGAGGUCUAGAGAGACUUGGCCUGCUCCGCAAAUGAUCCAACUUCGUGGAGGGGCUGGCGAACACAGACAAUGCCAGCCUGGACGAGGAAGGGGCCAGCACUGCUUAGGCCUAUUUCCCAGGACGCGCAUUACUGGGUGCAGAACUUUACCCCUCAGAUGAAGAGUAUUUAGGCCUGUUUCCCAGGAGGCGUAUUACUGGGUGUGGAACUUUACCCUUCGGAUGAAGACUCCAGAGUUGGGUAUCUCCAAAGUGAUAAUCAAUCCAUAGAGUGUUAGCUACAGAAACCUUUCCAUUGCCAUACUGAGAAAGUGCAGCAGGCAGUGUGCCUACAGGUCUACAAAGAAACUUCAGAUCAUCUUCUUGAGGGAAAGAAGCUGAAGUGCUACAUAAGAUGCUUGUGCUUCAUAACUCUCAGAAGCUGCAGAUUCUGUAUAAAUCCUUAGAAAAGAGCAUCCCUGAAUCCAUAAAGGUAUAUGGUGCCAUUUUCAACAUAAAAGAUAAAAACCCUUUCAACAUGGAGGUGCUGGUAGAUGCCUGGCCAGAUUACCAGAUCGUCAUUACCCGGCCUCAGAAACAGGAGAUGAAAGAUGACCAGGAUCAUUAUACCAACACUUACCACAUCUUCACCAAAGCUCCUGACAAAUUAGAGGAAGUCCUGUCAUACUCCAAUGUAAUCAGCUGGGAGCAAACUUUGCAGAUCCAAGGUUGCCAAGAGGGCUUGGAUGAAGCAAUAAGAAAGGUUGCAACUUCAAAAUCAGUGCAGGUAGAUUACAUGAAAACCAUCCUCUUUAUACCGGAAUUACCAAAGAAACACAAGACCUCAAGUAAUGACAAGAUGGAGUUAUUUGAAGUGGAUGAUGAUAACAAGGAAGGAAACUUUUCAAACAUGUUCUUAGAUGCUUCACAUGCAGGUCUUGUGAAUGAACACUGGGCCUUUGGGAAAAAUGAGAGGAGCUUGAAAUAUAUUGAACGCUGCCUCCAGGAUUUUCUAGGAUUUGGUGUGCUGGGUCCAGAGCGCCAGCUUGUCUCUUGGAUUGUGAUGGAACAGUCCUGUGAGUUGAGAAUGGGUUAUACUGUCCCCAAAUACAGACACCAAGGCAACAUGUUGCAAAUUGGUUAUCAUCUUGAAAAGUAUCUUUCUCAGAAAGAAAUCCCAUUUUAUUUCCAUGUGGCAGAUAAUAAUGAGAAAAGCCUACAGGCACUGAACAAUUUGGGGUUUAAGAUUUGUCCUUGUGGCUGGCAUCAGUGGAAAUGCACCCCCAAGAAAUAUUGUUGAUUGAUUCCACUGUCCAUUUCAAAUCUUUCUUAUCAGUAAAAAAACAUUAAUUCAAACACAAGCAUUGUGAUCUACAUUAGCACAAAAUGCAACUGAUUAUCUAGGAUCUGUGUAUUACUUAAGCUCACCCUUAACAUUUUUACCUUCCUUCUCCUCUGUAUUCUUACAGAAAAUUAGAAGCUCAAUCUUAUGGUCUCAUAAUUUCCUUUAUGAUGACAGACAUCUCAGAAUUAAAAUCACCCAAUGCCAAUCAUUAGUGCCAAGAUAACCCUUUAACGGCAACACUUUCUUAAAUGAAGACUAUUUCUUUCAUGAAAAAAUUCACUUUUAUGACUUUCUUGUUAAAAUAAAAAGUCUGCUUUUAAAA